AGAGGACUCUGGAGUGGAACUACCCAGUGGAACUAACUCUCCAUCGACUCCGACUGGCUCGGAGCAGAGCUUUGUGGUCCACAGUAGAGGGUCCUCCUGUGAUUCUUGCAACCUGAGAUCAGACCCUACUUCUUCUCCUCAUAAACUAGUUAGAAAUUCACAGAACUCUGAGGUUAAGGAGUCAAAAAACUUAGACGAGUGUUUGUGUACAUUGGUAGAUACUCAAGACAAUGUGUUCAAACCAAAAGAGGCGGUGGUGGAAAUGUAUCUAGGUGAUGACAUGGACCAAAGCCGGACUUCAGGAAUCAACUCUGAAAGAGAUAAUGGAGAGAAAUUGGAACAAUUGAAAGAAGCUGGUUGUUUAAUUGAAAGGAGUUGUUCUGAGAAUAUGAAGCUUGUAGAGGAAUCUUCGACGGGAACAUGUGAAGCUAUGACGGACAGUGAUGUAAAGACAGAGGCUCUCAGACAGAGCUCCUCCAGUGAUAGUCUGAAGGACUACAUGGACAAAUGCUGCAGACUUAGUGAGGAAUCACAGCAGAGCUCCAGCCCCCUGGGCUCAGGCGUGAGUUACCUGGAGCACAUCUGUCAGCUCCUGGAGAAGAUCGGUCACCUGCAGGAGAUGAACCUGCAGCUGCAAAGGCAGCUCUGCUCGCUGCAGAAGGAUGGCAGGAUGGCAAAGACGAAAGAGGAGUUUUUCCAACAACAAUGCAGCUGUGGUGCAGCCACCUUGUCCUUCCAGAAGAGGCCCUAUAGGAGUGAGUUUUUGUCCCCAAGUGGUACGUUCUCUGAUUUGUCCACGAUCCCUGAAGGCAGCCGGCAUCCACUAAUGUCCACCAGGAGAGACAUGAGCAGUGAAAGUUUGACAACCAUCCCCCUGUGGAGGAGAAGUCUGAAUCGAAGGAGUUUCACCGAGGGGGAGGACUGCUUCCUUGGAGACAACACAGAAGGGCUGUCUACCCCCCAGCGCAGGCUCAGUGAAAACUACACCUGGAGCAGAGUCAAAGACAUUAUGAGGAAAACUAAAUUCAGGAACCAGAGCAGACUGGGACUGACCUCACUGAAGAUGUCCUGUCCACAGCUGUACAGACCUGACUUGGAUCCAGUGGAACCUGCUGCCACAAACAGGAACUCUAUGAUUGCCUUGGGCCAUCAAAGCAAACUGGACUUCUGGAUUCCAUGACAAUCCAGAUCAGAUGCAAACGAUCUACAUAAAGAAGAAGAAGAAGAAGGUACCAGGAAGGGACGUGAAGGAAAACAAUAGAACUAGAGAGAAAAUACAAAGAAAAGAAAGAGGAAAUUAAAAUGAACGACUUCACAACAGUGGAUGCAAUGCAUGGCAGAGUGAGAGGGUUUAAGUUUGAGACUUCGCUGUGUUUGAGAUGCUACAAAUAUAAAAAUAAGUGACUUUUUAUGAGAUUAAGACGUUGAGGUGACUUUUGCACUCACAUAAUUUAAGUGCCUUGUAAAAUCCAACAAUGUUCAGUCAGGUCAUCUGGACGGUUUCUUUUUUGUGCUGAGAUGUUUCG